GUAUAUUACAUAAUGUCAACUGAUCCUUCCAAGUAUGUUUUUAACCACACUAUGAUCCGUGUUAAGGAUCCUCAAGCUUCCAUCAAAUUCUAUACUGAAGUUCUCGGUAUGAAGCUUAUUACUAAGCAUGACUUUCCUGAGAACAAAUUUACUCUUUACUUUUUGGCUUAUGUCGAUUCUAUUCCUGAAGAUGAAGCUGAAAAGAAAAAGUUAGCUUUCAGUAUGCCCGGUGUUCUUGAAUUAACACACAAUUGGGGUACAGAAGACCAGGCCGACUUUGCUUAUGCUAAUGGUAACUCUGAUCCUGGUCGUGGUUAUGGUCAUACAGCCAUUCUUGUCGAUAAUAUUGAAAAGGCCUGUGAGCGUUUCGAAUCUCUUGGUGUUAACUUUGUUAAGAAGUUGACUGAUGGUAAAAUGAAGAAUAUCGCCUUUAUUACUGAUCCUGAUGGUUAUUGGGUUGAAAUUAUUGCUAACCCUAACUAUGUCGGUGCUUCUCCCAUUUAAUUCUUUUUUUUUUCUUUUAUAAAAAAAUGAAAAAAAAAUACAAUAAACCAAGUAUCUUUACUAUGAAAUAA